AUGGCACCCAAGACGCGAUCUCCCGCUCCGGCGCAUCGCGAGACACAGCCCACCGCCGCGCAGCCGGGCACCUCACCCCAGAAACAGAUGGUGCAGUCCUCGCCCAACAAACCACCCUAUCCCUCCUACGACUACACCUCCAAGGGCGUCCGGGACACCAGCAUCAACAAGCUGGCGUCCAGCGACUACCAAGCCCUUGCCGUCGUCACCCUCAUCGCCCUCUUUGUGCGCGUGUUCCGCAUCUACCAGCCCACCCAGGUCGUCUUCGAUGAGGUCCACUUCGGCGGCUUCGCCAGCAAGUACAUCAAGGGCAAAUUCUUCAUGGACGUCCAUCCUCCCUUGGCCAAGUUGUUGCUCACAUUGGCCGGCUGGCUGGCCGGCUUUGACGGCGAGUUCGACUUCAAAGACAUUGGCAAGGACUACCUCGAACCCGGCGUGCCUUACGUCGCCAUGCGCAUGCUGCCGGCCAUCUUUGGUGUCAUGACCGUCUCCGCCAUGUUUUUGGCCUUGAAGGUCGCCGGAUGCAGGACAUUCACCGCCACCAUGGGGGCUUUGUUGGUGGUGUUUGAGAACGGGCUGUUGACGCAGAGUCGCUUGAUCUUGCUCGACUCCCCGCUCGUCAUCUUCACCGCCAUGACCGCCGUGAGCUGGAUGAGCUUCACCAACCAGCACGAGCUUGGCCCCAGCAAGGCCUUCAAGCCUGCUUGGUGGUUCUGGCUGGCCUUUUCCGGCCUUUGUCUUGGCGCGACAGCCAGCGUCAAGUGGGUCGGCCUCUUCACCAUCGCGUGGGUGGGCUCUCUGACCGCCCUCCAACUCUGGGUCCUCCUUGGCGAUACGAGGAAUGUCACUGCCCGCAUUUGGUUCAAACACCUCUUUGCGCGCAUCUUCUGCCUCAUCGUCAUUCCCAUCGCCUUCUACAUGGCCAUGUUUGCCAUCCACUUCGUCUGCCUCGUCAAUCCUGGUGAUGGUGAUGGCUUCAUGUCGUCGGAGUUCCAGUCCACCCUCAACACCAAGUCCAUGGCUGACGUCCCUGCCGAUGUUGCCUUUGGCGCUCGCGUCUCCCUCCGACACCACAACACGCAGGGUGGAUACUUGCACAGCCAUCAACACAUGUAUCCCGAAGGCAGCAAGCAACAGCAAAUCACUCUCUACCCCCACAAGGAUGACAACAACAUGUGGUUGCUCGAGAACACCACUCAGCCGAUCAACUGGGCCAUCGACCCCUCCGGCAACACCACCAUUCCCGGUCCGAUGGCGUGGGACAAACUCGACCCGGAAUUCAUUACUGAUGGCAGCGUUCUGCGUCUCUAUCACAUCAACUCCGACCGCCGUCUGCACUCCCACGACGUUCGCCCUCCCGUCACCGAGGCCGACUGGCAGCAAGAAGUGUCUGCGUACGGCUACGAGGGCUUCGAGGGCGAUGCGAACGAUUACUUCCGCGUGGAGAUUGUCAAAUCGCUGUCUCAUGGCGCCGCCGCCAAAGAGCGCGUGCGGACCAUCGAGACAAAGUUCCGCCUCGUGCACAUCAUGACGGGCUGCGCGCUGUUCUCCCACAAGGUCAAACUCCCCGACUGGGGCUUUGAGCAACAGGAAGUCACGUGUGCCAAGCAAGGUACUCUGCCGAACAGCAUCUGGUACAUCGAACAGAACGCCCACCCCAUGCUGAAGGAGGACUCCGACAAGGUCAACUACCGCAACCCCGGCUUCCUCGGCAAGUUCUGGGAAUUGCAAAAGGUGAUGUGGGUGACCAAUGCCGGGCUCGUCGAGUCCCAUGCCUGGGAUUCCCGACCCCCUAGCUGGCCUAUUCUGCGUCGCGGCAUCAACUUCUGGGGCGCGGCGCACCGCCAGAUCUACCUCAUCGGCAACCCGAUUAUCUGGUGGAGCAGCACCGCCGCCAUCGGGCUAUACGUCGCGUUCAAGGGCUUGUCGGUGCUAAGGUGGCAGCGCAGCUGCAACGACUAUCAACACGACACCUUCCGCCGCUUCGACUACGAAAUCGGCAUGACCGCGCUCGGCUGGGCCUUCCACUACUUCCCCUUCUUCCUGAUGGACCGCCAGCUCUUCCUCCACCACUACUUCCCCGCCCUCUUCUUCGCCAUCAUGGCGCUCUCCCAGAUCUACGACUUCGUUAUGUUCCGCGUCGGCCGCUUCGGAGAGGGCACGUUCAGUCUGCGCGGCGUGAAGCACCUCCCCGCCGUCGGCAUGGUGGCCGGCACGCUCUUCUUGGCGCUCAGCAUCGUCGUCUUUGCCCUCUAUGCCCCGCUCGCGUACGGCAAUCAGUGGACGAAGAGCCAGUGUCAGCGCGUUAAGCUGUUCGAGUCUUGGGACUGGGACUGCGACAAUUUCCCCGCGACCUACGAGCAAUACGAACUCGCCUCCACCUUCCCAGGCAGCGGCGCAGCCGCCGCAACCUCGCAAGCAGAACACGGGCCCCCGCCCCCGAUCGCCGAAGACCCGAGCAAAGACGUCUUCGUCACCGGCGGCCCCGUCCCGCCCCCAGGAGGCAGCAUCACAGAAGAGAAAAUCGAGUACCGCGACGAAAACGGCAACCUGCUCGACGCAGAGCAAGUCGCCGCUCUCCAAGGCGCCGUCUCCUUCUCCACGCGCUACGAGACGCGCACGCGCCUCGUCGACGAGCAUGGAAAUGAGCUUCUCAAUGAGAUUGUCGGCGAGGAUGCGGGUGGGUACGCGGGCACGAGUGCUGAUGGGGUGGAUCCGGGGACGGCGAAUGCGAAGGGUGAGGGGCAGGGGAGUGCGGCGCCGCCGCGCGUGGGUGUUAAGGAGGAUGUAAGGAAGGAGAAGGCUGUGAAUGAUGCGAGGGCGACGGCGGAGCCGGAGAGUGAGGAGGUUGUGAGGGAGACGGGGAGGGAUGAGUUGUGA